AUGGAGGUGGAUAACCAGACAAGGGUCACUAAAUUCAUUCUGGUGGGGUUCCCUGGGAGCUUGAGCAUGCGUGCAGCAGUGUUCUUGGUGUUCCUUGUGGCGUACAUUCUAACAGUAGCUGAAAAUGUGAUCAUCAUCCUGUUGGUACAGCAGAACCGGCCACUGCACAAGCCAAUGUACUUCUUCCUGGCCAACCUGUCCUUCUUAGAGACCUGGUACAUCUCUGUGACAGUGCCCAAGCUGCUGUUCAGUUUUUGGUCCAUGAGCAACCACAUCUCUUUCACUCAUUGUAUGAUACAGCUCUACUUCUUUAUUGCGCUCAUGUGCACAGAAUGUGUUCUCCUGGCUGCCAUGGCCUAUGACCGCUAUGUGGCCAUCUGCCGUCCACUCCAUUAUCCCACCAUCAUGAGCCAUGGAGUUUGUUUGCACCUGGCUCUUGGUUCCUGGGCCACUGGCUUUGGUAUCUCAUUGGCCAAGAUCUACUUCAUCUCUCGCCUCAGCUUCUGUGGCCCCAAUGUCAUCAAUCACUUCUUCUGUGACAUCUCUCCAGUACUUACUCUCUCCUGCACAGACAUGUCCAUUGCUGAGUUGGUGGACUUUGUCUUGGCCCUGAUCAUUUUCCUCUUUCCACUCUCAAUCACUGUCCUGUCCUAUGGAUGCAUUCUGGCCACUGUGUUACGUAUGCCCACAGGAAAGCAGAAAGCCUUUUCUACCUGUGCUUCCCACCUUGUGGUGGUCACCAUCUUCUAUUCAGCCACGAUUUUCAUGUAUGCCCGACCCCGGGCCAUUCAUGCCUUCAAUGUGAACAAAAUUAUUUCCAUCUUCUAUGCUAUUGGCACCCCUGCCCUCAACCCUUUCAUUUAUUGCCUAAGGAAUCGAGAGGUGAAACAAGCUCUGAAGAAACUAGUCUACUGUUAG